CUAGUGAGAUCAUUCUUACUUCUAUUUCACCUUUGUUGCCGUGAGUGCUGUUUGAAGCGAUCAUCAAUCAUGUCAGGCCGAGGAAAGCAGGGCGGUAAGGUGCGGGCUAAGGCAAAGUCUCGUUCCUCGCGGGCUGGGCUGCAGUUCCCGGUGGGCCGUGUGCACCGCCUGCUCCGCAAAGGCAAUUACGCUGAGCGGGUGGGGGCUGGAGCCCCGGUCUAUAUGGCCGCGGUGCUGGAGUAUCUGACCGCUGAGAUUCUGGAGCUGGCUGGCAACGCUGCUCGGGAUAAUAAGAAAACCAGGAUCAUUCCCCGUCACCUGCAGCUCGCCAUCCGUAACGACGAGGAGCUCAACAAGCUGUUGGGGAAAGUCACCAUCGCUCAAGGUGGUGUCCUGCCCAACAUCCAGGCCGUGCUGCUGCCUAAGAAAACUGAGAGCCACAAGGCCAAGAGCAAGUAAAACCUGAAC